AUGGACGUAGAUUGGACAUUUAAACCUUACAACUGGUUGAAGGAGGCGAAAAUCUUCAACAAGCGAAUGGAGGUAGUGCCAGUGUCAUGGUUCUUGGAGAACGUCGACAUUCUGAUCCUCCUUUUCACAUCCAAGGGGGUAGACAGAGACGGGGUCAUCGCCAAAUUCUACGUGACCUACGAGAACUUCAAGUUCGCCAACCUGCCCGUGGAGGUGGUCUACGUACCGAUGGACGAGACGGCGGAGGAGAUGGCCGCGUCAUAUCGGAGCCAGGCCAACUGGUUCACGCUCCAAUUCGACGAUCCCCUCGUGCACACGCUGAAGUACAUGUACGAGGUGACGUGCAUGCCCCACCUGCUCGUGCUGAAGCUGGACGGGACGGUGGUCUCGUCGCACGGCACUUUCGACCUGGAGGAGUACGGGAAGAACGCCGUCCUCACCUGGCUCUCCACUUGCGCAACCAGCAAUCUCCACCGGAGACUGAGCAAGGAGGGCGCCAUCUACGGCGACAGCUGGAGCUACAUGAACGUGGACCCGACCAGAGACGCGAAGAGCGAGUACCAAAGGAAGUUCCAGGAUGAAACCGUUGAAGGA